GCCGGAACUAUGUGAAGAAAAAGAAGUCAGCGUUUUCCCCAGGACUCUCCGCUCAGGUCCUCUAUACUGUCGGCCUGUGUUCCUCUCCACGUUGGCCCGGCCUCCUUCGCUCUACAAAUGGGAGGAGAAUUUCGAGCCUGCUGUUCUAUGGUGGUGGCGUGGGCGGGACAGACGGCGGAGGGAUUCUGGGCGCGCGCGCUGCGGCCGCUGGCGCGGAGCUUGUGGCGCCAGAAUUCGGAGCGCGGAAGAGCCCGAGCUGCGAGCGCCUGGCGCUGGAGCUGUCUCCGGUCGCGCACGCCGAGGCCAUUAGGGAGAGAAGAUGGUGGUUCUCCGCAGCAGCUUGGAGCUGCACAACCACUCCGCGGCCUCGGCCACGGACUCCUUGGACCUGUCCAGUGACUUCCUCAGUCUGGAGCAGAUCGGCCGGAGGCGGCUCCGCUCGGCCGGCGCGGCGCAGAAGAAACCCGCGGCGACCACAGCCAAAGCGGGCGAUGGGUCAUCAGUUAAGGAAGUUGAAACCUACCACCGGACACGUGCUUUAAGAUCUUUGAGAAAAGAUGCACAGAAUUCUUCAGAUUCUAGUUUUGAGAAGAAUGUGGAAAUAACAGAGCAACUUGGUAAUGGCAGGCAUUUUACAAGGCAGUUGGCCAGACAGCAGGCUGAUAAAAAAAAAGAAGAGCACAGAGAAGACAAAGUGAUUCCAGUUACUCGGUCAUUGAGGGCUAGAAACAUCGUUCAAAGUACAGAACACUUACAUGAAGAUAAUGGUGAUGUUGAAGUGCGUCGAAGUUGUAGGAUUAGAAGUCGUUAUAGUGGUGUAAACCAGUCCAUGCUGUUUGACAAACUUAUAACUAACACUGCUGAAGCUGUACUUCAAAAAAUGGAUGACAUGAAGAAGAUGCGUAGACAGCGAAUGAGAGAACUUGAAGACUUGGGAGUGUUUAAUGAAACAGAAGAAAGCAAUCUUAAUAUGUACACAAGAGGAAAACAGAAAGAUAUUCAAAGAACUGAUGAAGAAACAACUGAUAAUCAAGAAGGCAGUGUGGAGUCAUCUGAAGAGGGUGAAGACCAAGAACAUGAAGAUGAUGGUGAAGACGAAGAUGAUGAAGAUGAUGAUGAUGAUGAAGAUGACGAUGAUGAAGAUGAUGAAGAUGAAGAAGAUGGAGAAGAAGAUAAUCAGAAGCGGUAUUAUCUUAGACAGAGAAAAGCUACUGUUUACUAUCAGGCUCCAUUGGAAAAACCUCGUCACCAGAGAAAGCCCAACAUAUUUUAUAGUGGCCCAGCUUCUCCUGCAAGACCAAGAUACCGAUUAUCUUCCGCAGGACCAAGAAGUCCUUACUGUAAACGAAUGAACAGGCGAAGGCAUGCAAUCCACAGUAGUGACUCGACUUCAUCUUCCUCCUCUGAAGAUGAACAGCACUUUGAGAGGCGGAGGAAAAGGAGUCGUAAUAGGGCUAUCAAUAGGUGCCUCCCACUAAAUUUUCGGAAAGAUGAAUUAAAAGGCAUUUAUAAAGAUCGAAUGAAAAUUGGAGCAAGCCUUGCCGAUGUUGAUCCAAUGCAAUUAGAUUCUUCAGUACGAUUUGAUAGUGUUGGUGGCCUGUCUAAUCAUAUAGCAGCUCUAAAAGAGAUGGUGGUGUUUCCAUUACUUUAUCCAGAAGUCUUUGAAAAAUUUAAAAUUCAACCCCCAAGAGGUUGUUUGUUUUAUGGGCCACCUGGAACUGGAAAGACUCUGGUUGCCAGAGCACUUGCCAAUGAGUGCAGUCAAGGGGAUAAAAGAGUAGCAUUUUUCAUGAGGAAAGGUGCUGAUUGUCUAAGUAAAUGGGUAGGAGAAUCUGAAAGACAGCUACGAUUGCUGUUUGAUCAGGCCUAUCAGAUGCGCCCAUCAAUUAUUUUUUUUGACGAAAUUGAUGGUCUGGCUCCAGUACGGUCAAGCAGGCAAGAUCAGAUUCACAGUUCUAUUGUUUCCACCCUGCUAGCUCUUAUGGAUGGAUUGGACAGCAGAGGGGAAAUUGUGGUCAUUGGUGCUACCAACAGACUAGAUUCUAUAGACCCUGCUUUACGAAGGCCUGGUCGCUUUGAUAGAGAAUUCCUCUUUAGCCUGCCUGAUAAAGAGGCUCGAAAAGAGAUUCUAAAGAUUCACACCAGGGAUUGGAAUCCCAAACCACUGGACACAUUUUUAGAAGAGCUAGCAGAAAACUGUGUUGGAUACUGUGGAGCAGAUAUUAAAUCAAUAUGUGCUGAAGCUGCUUUAUGUGCUUUACGACGACGCUACCCACAGAUCUAUACCACUAGUGAGAAACUGCAGUUGGAUCUCUCUUCAAUUAAUAUCUCAGCUAAGGAUUUUGAGGUAGCUAUGCAAAAGAUGAUACCAGCCUCCCAAAGAGCUGUGACAUCACCUGGGCAGGCACUGUCCACCGUUGUGAAACCACUCCUGCAAAACACUGUUGACAAGAUUUUAGAAGCCCUGCAGAGAGUAUUUCCACAUGCAGAAUUCAGAACAAAUAAAACAUUAGACUCAGAUAUUUCUUGUCCUCUGCUAGAAAGUGACUUGGCUUACAGUGAUGAUGAUGUUCCAUCAGUUUAUGAAAAUGGACUUUCUCAGAAAUCUUCUCAUAAGGCAAAAGACAAUUUUAAUUUUCUUCAUUUGAAUAGAAAUGCUUGUUACCAACCUAUGUCUUUUCGACCAAGAAUAUUGAUAGUAGGAGAACCAGGAUUUGGGCAAGGUUCUCACUUGGCACCAGCUGUCAUUCAUGCUUUGGAAAAGUUUACUGUAUAUACAUUAGACAUUCCUGUUCUUUUUGGAGUUAGUGCUACAUCCCCUGAAGAAACAUGUGCCCAGGUGAUUCGUGAAGCUAAGAGAACAGCACCAAGUAUAGUGUAUGUUCCUCAUAUCCACGUGUGGUGGGAAAUAGUUGGACCGACACUUAAAGCCACAUUUACCACAUUAUUACAGAAUAUUCCUUCAUUUGCUCCAGUUUUACUACUUGCAACUUCUGACAAACCCCAUUCUGCUUUGCCAGAAGAGGUGCAAGAAUUGUUUAUCCGUGAUUAUGGAGAGAUUUUUAAUGUCCAGUUACCGGAUAAAGAAGAACGGACAAAAUUUUUUGAAGAUUUAAUUCUAAAACAAGCUGCUAAGCCUCCUAUAUCAAAAAAGAAAGCAGUUUUGCAGGCUUUGGAGGUACUCCCAGUAGCACCACCACCUGAGCCAAGAUCACUGACAGCAGAAGAAGUGAAACGACUAGAAGAACAAGAAGAAGAUACAUUUAGAGAACUGAGGAUUUUCUUAAGAAAUGUUACACAUAGGCUUGCUAUUGACAAGCGAUUCCGAGUGUUUACUAAGCCUGUUGACCCUGAUGAGGUUCCUGAUUAUGUCACUGUAAUAAAGCAACCAAUGGACCUUUCAUCUGUAAUCAGUAAAAUUGAUCUACACAAGUAUCUGACUGUGAAAGACUAUUUGAGAGAUAUUGAUCUAAUCUGUAGUAAUGCCUUAGAAUACAAUCCAGAUAGAGAUCCUGGAGAUCGUCUUAUUAGGCAUAGAGCCUGUGCUUUAAGAGAUACUGCCUAUGCCAUAAUUAAAGAAGAACUUGAUGAAGACUUUGAGCAGCUCUGUGAAGAAAUUCAGGAAUCUAGAAAGAAAAGAGGUUGUAGCUCCUCCAAAUAUGCCCCGUCUUACUACCAUGUGAUGCCAAAGCAAAAUUCCACUCUUGUUGGUGAUAAAAGAUCAGACCCAGAGCAGAAUGAAAAGCUAAAGACACCGAGUACUCCUGUGGCUUGCAGCACUCCUGCUCAGUUGAAGAGGAAAAUUCGCAAAAAGUCAAACUGGUACUUAGGCACCAUAAAAAAGCGAAGGAAGAUUUCACAGGCAAAGGAUGAUAGCCAGAAUGCCAUAGAUCACAAAAUUGAGAGUGACACAGAGGAAACUCAAGACACAAGUGUAGAUCAUAAUGAGACCGGAAACACAGGAGAGUCUUCGGUGGAAGAAAAUGAAAAACAGCAAAAUGCCUCUGAAAGCAAACUGGAAUUGAGAAAUAAUUCAAAUACUUGUAAUAUCGAGAAUGAGCUUGAAGACUCUAGGAAGACUACAGCAUGUACAGAAUUGAGAGACAAGAUUGCUUGUAACGGAGAUGCUUCUAGCUCUCAGAUAAUACAUAUUUCUGAUGAAAAUGAAGGAAAAGAAAUGUGUGUUCUGCGAAUGACUCGAGCUAGACGCUCCCAGGUAGAACAGCAGCAGCUCAUCAGUGUUGAAAAGGCUUUGGCAAUUCUUUCUCAGCCUACACCCUCACUUGUUGUGGAUCAUGAGCGAUUAAAAAAUCUUUUGAAGACUGUUGUUAAAAAAAGUCAAAACUACAACGUAUUUCAGUUGGAAAAUUUGUAUGCAGUAAUCAGCCAAUGUAUUUAUCAGCAUCGCAAGGACUAUGAUAAAACAUCACUUAUUCAGAAAAUGGAGCAAGAGGUAGAAAACUUCAGUUGUUCCAGAUGAUGAUGUCAUGGUAUCGAGUAUUCUUUAUAUUCAGCUCCUAUUUAAGUCAUUUUUGUCAUGUCCGCCUAAUUGAUGUAGUAUGAAACCCUGCAUCUUUAAGGAAAACAUUAAAAUAGUAAAAUAAAAGUAUUUAAACUUCCCUGAUAUUUAUGUACAUAUUAAGAUAAAUGUCAUGUGUAAGAUAACUGAUAAAUAUUGGAACUUUGCUAGAACAAGACCCUGUAGUAAUAGUAAUAAUAGUUGAAGUUUGGCCAACUCUUAAUAAAGUUAUUUUGGUAACUAAUGUUUUAUGGCACUUAAGAAUAAUUAGCAGCGUUAAAUUUUGUUUGUAUUAAGCACUUUUAAUUUUAUCCUUCCUAAAAAUAGUUUAUUGUAUCUGACAAGAAACUUACUUAACCAUUGUGUCCUUCCCAUCUUUUUUGUCAUCUUUGUUUUCUUUAAAUGCCCUCCUCCCAUCUGCCUUGAGAUUCCCUUGUCUUCACUUAAAAGCCAGAGUGCAAGUCAUGAUUUGCGGGAGGGCUCUUGAACAACUUCUGGCUGCACCACAAUUCUGUACUUGAGUAUCACAGUUAUUGUUUUUGAGACAAACAUUUUUAUAAUUCUAAUUUGGGUUAAUAAAGAUUUUAAAUAUUUCUUGGUUUACUUUUGUAAUUAUAUACACAACAAAUGUAUUAAUAACUACCUUGUUAAACACCUUUUAAUAGCACAAAGUUUUUAUAUUUGCAAGCUGUUGAUAUCUUUCUAAAACUGUGUUUAGGUUAUAUUCUAUUGAUACUUUUUAUAUACAAUUUUAUAAAUAUAAAUAUUAUAAUUUUAUAUUAAUCAUACCAAAAAUACAUUUCUUAAGGUUAAAAGCAUGCACUUCCAUGCAUACUUGCUUUUAGGGAGAGUGGGGAGAAGACAUUCUAAUAAUCAGUUUGUGAAAUAGCUUCUGUUGGAAACCUUUUGAGGGGAAUAAGGAAUGGUCAUCUAAAAUGAGAGAUUCUGGAUUUUAAUGCAGUUCAAAGUUGAGCUGUAUUUUUGUUGUUGAUUUAUCUGGAUUUUUUUUAAAGCCUUCUAAAACCCAGUAAAUUCAAUACCUUAAUUAGUACAUACUGUCUUAUGUAAUGCAUAAAGCAAUGCCAGUCACUGAGAACAUUUAAAUAUGUCUAUAUUCCUGGAGAUACACAUUCUCAUUUUUGUUGGUUUAUUAUAAAUUAUUCUUCUAGAUGCAUCUUUUAUAACUAGGAUUUCAUUUUGUGUGUAUAGCUUAUGUAAUAAAUUUUAAAGGUGAAAA